UGGCAGGGGCGGUGCUCCCUGUCGCGGGCUUCGUGGGCGGUGCUCGCCUCGCGCAUGCGCGGGGCGGGGCCUCGCGAGGCGCGGGAAAGAGGCAGAGCGCUCGCAGGUGGGAGGGGCGGCGACCUCUGUGAGAUUCACAGCGUCCCUCAGUCACCGAUAGGCUCUGGCUUCACGUGGGCUCUCGGCCUGUGGAGUCUUCACUUUUCGGUGGUCGACGUAGUGUCAGUGUGGGGCUUGUCGCCGGGAGCGGGGUCCACAGCGCCCACCCUCAGGCCUUUCCAUCCUUCAGCGCCCGACUCGAGGCCUCCAGGCUUCUGUGAGGGCCCAUUUGGCCAUUUAUUUUUUCCAAAAAGAGUAAACGCUGAUAAUUCAAGCGACUUAUUCCCAACGGAUACAGGCAGAAUUCGUUUCUGAUAAGGACAGAGGGUCCUCAGCGACUUCUGUGACCCAGAUUUCUCAAGGGGAAGAUAAAAUGACAAAGAGGAAGAAGCUGCGGACCUCAGGAGACGGACUCUGUCCUCCAAAACCCCUAAAGACCCCAAGGCUAGGAGACUCUGAUGGGGACCCCCAGAGUUCCAUGUUGGGCUGUUUACAUCACCCUGAGGAGCCAGAGAGUAAACUGGGACCUGUUCCCUCUACACAGCAGCACGGGGAGGAACCAGGAAAGGCGGUCUGCAGCUCCCCAGAUGAGGAAACAGGAGCUCCCUGCUGGCUCCUCCGUCAACCAGAGAAGGAGCCAGCUCCCCUUCCUCCUUCCCAGAACUCAGUUGGGAGGUUUGUUCCCCAGUUUGCAAAAUCCAGAAAGACAGUGGCAAGAAAAGGAGAGACAAAGGAUGAGGACCUCAGGAGUGGGGCCUUUAAAAUCAGCCAGGAAACACUCCCAGAGUCCAGCGCCCAGAGUCCAGGAUGCCAGCUGCUAGUGGAGACCCUGGGGCUCCCCUUCCAGGAGGCCACGGAGCCGGGGGACCCAACGCAGGCAGACAGUGCCCACCCUGAGCAGAGCAGCCAGAGCCCCGUGCAGGCUGUGCCCAGCAGUGGAGAUUCUCAGCCUGAUGACCCUCCAGACAGGGGGACAGGGUUGUCCUCCUCACAGAGGGCCAGCCAAGACCACCUGUCAGAACAAGGGGCUGAAGACAGCAGGCCUGAAACAGAUGGGGUUCCAGGUGAUCGUGGCCAAAAGAAACACCUACCAAGCAGUGAUUCUGAAGGGGAGAAGCCAGACAGAGGAGCCCCCAAGGAGGGAGGGGCCCAAAGGACAGUAGGGGCCCAAAGGACAGCAGGGGCUGGCCUGCCUGGAGGGCCCCAGGAGGAGGGAGACGGUAUCCCCUGUACCCCAGCAUCAGCUCCUACCUUGGGCCCUGCCCUGGGACUGGGCCCUGCCUCUUGGUGCCUGGAACCCGGGUCUGUGGCCCAGGGCUCCCCUGACCGCCAGCAGACCCCCAGCAGGAUGGGCAGGGAAGGGGAAGGGACUCAUAGCAGCCUGGGAUGCUCCUCCCUCAGGAUGGUUGUCAUUGCAGACCUGAGCACAGACCCUGCUGAGCUGGAAGAGAGGGCUCUGGAGGUGGCUGGGCCCGAUGGGCAGGCCAGCACCAUGUCACCUGCCUCUCCCAAGAGGAAGGCCGCUGAUGGAGGCUACAGGAGGGCCCUGCCAGGCUGCACCCCCCUCACUGGGGAAACCGCAGGAGAAACGGGGGAGGCAGGGCAGGAUGACAAGCCCUCUGGCGAUGUCCCAGUGGGUCCGACAGCCUCCCUGGCUCUGGCACCUGGGAGCGGAGAGUCCAUGAUGGGCGCUGGAGAUUCCGACCAUGCAGCCACGGACACGGGUCCGUGUGUCGAUCAGAAGCAGGAGCCAGGCCCUACUCAAGAGGCAGCCGAGUCAGGUGGCCAGGACCUCGAACAAGACCUUGAGGGGCUCCGUGUGUCCCCACAAGCUUCUGUUCUGCCAGAACACAGAGAAGCAACAGACAGCCCUCUCCAGGAGCCUGGGGCCCAGCAGGGCAUUCUAGACACCACCUCAGACCUGGCAGGGCAGCAAGACCACCUGCCUCAUUCUGUGGACCAGUCCACCUGGGCAGACUCUUCAGCUGUGGAACUCGACUUCCUGCUGGACAGCCAGAUACGGGAUGCCCUGGACGCUUCUGACUUCGAAGCCCCGCCUGAGCAGUUCUUUCCUUCCGGGAACAAGCCAGGCCCUCGCUGGCCGGUCCCCAGCCCACGUGCCAGUGGAGACCCUGUUGCAGUGGCCAAGGCCCAGCCGAGGACCUUCGUGGGGAUCCAGGCCUCUGAGGCCUCCAGGAUGGAGGACGCCACCAACAUCGUGCGUGGCCUCAUCGUUGAGCUCUCUAACCUGAACCGGCUGAUCAUGGGCACCCACCGGGACCUGGAAGCCUUCAAGCGCCUCAACUACCGGAAGACAAAGCCGGGAGGCAAAGCCCCCCUGCCUUACCCUUCCAAGGGGCCUGGGAAUGUCCCUCGAGGGGACCCACCCUGGAGGGAACUGUAGGCCACUUUGAGGUCUGUGUUUCCUUUGCCACCCAGCCCCCAUGCCUGCGGACCUCCUCCAAGAUGCUCCAGGGGGUCCUAGUGGACCCUACAAACCUCCCUUCAGUUGCCCGGAAGUUGGUCUUCCAUGGACAACAGCAAGGAGGCCCCGAGGUCCUGGCCUCACCUGGCCAGGAUCAAGGUCAGUAGCCUCCCUUGGCUUCAGGGAGGGAAACUGCGUCUCCUGCAGCCCCAGUGGCUUCAGGCAGGCCUGGGAUCCAGGAAGCGGCUACCUCCCAGCAGAGCCCAUCCUGUCCGGAUUUGCAAAUUUUAGGCUCCUGAGCCAAGUAUGGAAGGUUCAGAAUUUGUUUCUUUCCUGGAGGAGAAGAGAGCUCCCUUUGUUUUCUUUCUCCCUAUUUCCAUUUUAUUUCUUCUGGGAAGACCCGUAAUAAAUGAUUCUGUAGAGGCCCCGUGA